UUCGGAAGGUGAACUUGGUCACGAUGUGGACCUUCCUGGUCGUUUGUGGCGUGGUCGUCCAACACGGAGUGCGAGGUGAUGGUGCCCUCAACAAUGCACUGUUGUACAGAACUACAGCUGCACCCUCGUGUCGCUACAACUGCGGCAGUCACAUGGGAAGCUGUUCCUGCUCCAGCUCGUGUCGGCACUAUGGCAACUGUUGCCAAGACUACAAUUAUUACUGCAGUAGCACAACUCUACAACCAUGGACCACAGGUCAGGCCUCGUGUCGCUACAACUGCGGCAGUCACAUGGGAACCUGUUCCUGCUCCAGCUCGUGUCGGCACUAUGGCAACUGUUGCCGAGACUACAACUAUUACUGCAGUAGCACAACUCCACAACCAUGGACCACAGGUCAGGCCUCGUGUCGCUACAACUGCGGCAGUCACAUGGGAAGCUGUUCCUGCUCUAGCUCCUGCCGGUACUAUAGCAACUGUUGCCGUGACUAUAACUAUUACUGUGAUAGGGCGACUGCAGAACCAUGGACCACAGCCCAGCCUUCGUGUCGUUACAACUGUGGCAGGGACCUAGGAAGCUGUUCCUGCUCCAGCUCGUGCCAGUACUAUGGCAGAUGUUGCUCUGACUACUACUCGCACUGCUACUCCACAACUUACAUGCCAAGCACAGAGGGGCCAUGCGGAGGCUCCAUGUUUGGCUCUGGUGCUUUCUUCAGUCCCAGGCACCCUGACUACUACCACGACAACGCCUACUGUGUUUGGCACCUCAGAUCUUUCCAUGACCAAAGAGUACUGCUAGAAUUCUCAUACCUGCAAUUGGAGAGCUGCUGCAACUGUGACUACAUUUCAGUCUACGACGGACCAUCCAUAAACUCACAAUUUUUGGGAAAAGUAUGCAACGACAACAACAACAACAGCUUGAAUGUUUUCUACUCGACCUCCAACCACAUGACUGUGGUCUUCCGCAGCGACAACUCGGUAGUCGGGAGAGGAUUCCGUGCGGAGUUCACAAGCGCUCUGCCGCAGGACUCAGGUAAAGUCAACUGCUCCUCGGAUUUCAUGAACAUUAAGAUUGGGCGGAAGUACCUGAAUUCACUGGGCUACGACGGCCACAGUCUCUACCUCAAUGACCAGUAUUGUCGACCCCAAAUUUUUACCAAGGAGGUGGUCUUCAAUUUCCGUGUCUACAGCUGUGGCACCAGUCGAAAGUUUGAAAACGGCAGAGUGGUAUAUACCAACAAGGUGCGGGGCUACACCUCUAGCUCCGGAGACAUAACUCGCAAGGCCAACUUAAAAAUCGACGUGGUGUGUCGGAUGGAUCAAUUCUCUGUGGCACAGAUUAUGUACCUGGCACAGAAUCAUGACAACACCAGCAUCACAGGCACAGGAAUGUUCAACACCUCCAUGGACUUCUACACUAGCAGCAGCUUCAACUAUAAGGUGGCUGAAUUCCCAUACAAAGUUUCUCUCAACCAGGACCUCUACAUCCAGAUGGAACUGAGGGGCAGCAGCGGCAGCUACCUGGAUAUUUUCCUUGACACCUGUGUGGCCUCGCCAUCCUCCUACGACUUCCAUACGACAACCUACUACCUGGUCCGCAAUGGGUGUCCCAUAGAUAACACCUAUCACGCGUACGUCAGUGGCAGCGCCCGCUACGCUCGAUUCUCCUUCAAGGCCUUCCAGUUCUUGAGGCACGCAGAGGAGGUUUACAUCCAGUGCAAGGUCCUCCUAUGUCAAGACAACGACUGGAACUCCCGCUGCCGCCGGGGCUGCCUCAAGCGCAAGGCCAGAGAUGUGGGUGCCAAACACGAGAGCCAGACUCUGGUCCUGGGUCCGAUCCAGCUUAUCGACCCGGACAAAAAGGAAGAGACAUCUGCAAAAGAGGAUGCGGUUUAACACGAUCAUCUCUACUUAUUGUAAUUAUAAUCAUUAAUGAAAGUGUGAAACAUACUCACCUUUGAUUAAAGGCUGCAGGAAAGA